AUGAAGUGCCAAAAGUGCCGUCAGCCCAUCAAGCUGCACAGCUCCCUCGAAGACCUCAGUCCCGCCGCCUUCAACCUCCUCACUGGCAAGCGCGGCGGCAUCCCCCCGACCACCUCCGACACCCCCUCAGGCCCCCCCAUCUUCCCCCCGGACCGCUGCGACACCUACGACAAAGCCGCACAGCACGCCUCGGCCCCCCUCCACAAGCGCACCAUCCCCACCCGCUCCUCCACCGCCCCCGCCCGUUCCAAAUCCGUCUACCAGAACCCGGCCGAAAGCUAUGUCAUGCUCACGCAGUCGCAGCUCGCCCCGGCCCCGCACCCCCCGUCCUCCUCCUCCUCCGCCUCCUCCCGCAACGCCGGCGGCGCACCCCCGCCGCAGCUCCUGAUCCCGCACGACGAGAACGCGCUCAGCCACCAGAUGCGCACCUCCGCGGGCCUCUUCGACAUCCUGAGCGCCCGCAGCGACAUCGACUACCCCAUCUGCAGCGAGUGCACCGACCUCCUCGUCGACGGCCUCACAAAGCGCCUCGCCAACGCCACGCGCGAGCGCGACGCCUACGUCGAGUUCCUCAAGCGCGUGCACAGCGAGGUGCCCACCGAGGCCGAGCGCGAUGCCGCCGCGCGCGAGAUGCAGCAGCUGCAGGACGAGGAGGCGGUCGCUUUGCGCGAGCUGGCCGACACGGAGCGCGCGCGCGCCGCCGUCGAGUCUGAGAUCCGGGGGCUCGAGGAGGAGGCCCGCGCGCUCGAGGGCGAGGAGGAGACGUUCUGGCGCGAGAGGAACGGCUUUGCGGCGAGACUGGAGGAGUUCCAGAAUGAGCGGGAUGGUGUGAACUUGCAGUAUGAUCAUGACUCGAGGCAGCUGGAGAAGCUGCAGAGGACGAAUGUGUAUAAUGAUACGUUCUGUAUUGGCCAUGAUGGGUAUUUUGGCACUAUCAAUGGGCUGAGGCUGGGGAGGCUUCAGGCGCAGCCGGUCGGAUGGAGCGAAAUCAACGCCGCCUGGGGCCAAACACUCCUCCUCCUCUCCACCAUCUGCGACAAACUGACCUUCACGCCCAGCACCUACCGGCUGCGCCCCAUGGGGUCCACCAGCCGUAUCGAGCGCCUCGACUACCCCGCCAGCGGCCACGGCGAGCCCAAAGUGACCUCUCUCGAGCUCUUCUCCAGCGGCGACCUCCCGCUGGGCCGCAUGUUCAUGCACCGCAAGUUCGACCAGGCCAUGGUUGCGUUCCUCGAGUGCCUGCGCCAGCUGGGCGAGUAUGUGGAGCACACGGACGCGGAGAUGAAGUUGCCCUACAGGAUCGUGAAGGAUAAGAUUGGCGAUAGCUGUAUUAGGCUGGCGUUUAACCAGGAUGAGGCCUGGACGAGGGCGUGUAAGUAUACGCUGACGUGUGUCAAGUUUUUGUUGGCGCAUACGAGGUGA